CCCUGUCGUUAAAGAGUCCAGGUCUAAGGAGAAGGACUUCCAGGGCACCAUACUGCAUCGAGACGUCCGACGCCUUGUCGUCCUCAUCCCGGCGGAGGAUCAGGUCAGGGGAGACCAGCUCGCCUGAGAGGUGCGAUCUUUCCAGGUUACACUGCAAAGAUCGAGUGGGAGGUGUUGCGGCGAUCUGCCUGGAGGUGCGGCUGAAGGUGUGUGUGUGACAGCGGCUGUGCUGCUGCAUGCGCGUCACAGCAGAAGCGCUGCUCCGCGGCGCGCCUCACCAGGUGCGCUCUCCAGCAGGUGAGCGCAAUCAGACUGAUGAGCAGCGCAGACAGGACAAAGCAAACAAAUGCACCCGUUUCAUUCAGUGUGCAGGACGGAGCUGAGAGCAGCAGAGACAGAGACGAUCACUAAAACCACGAAAGCACUUCACAAACGCAUGGGAAAAAGGACUCAAACCAAACGGACUACCGGUUUUUCACCUUCCAAGAUUCCAGUUAAUAAACUGAAAUACGAGUGAAAUCCUGAGCCUCAUCGAGUCCUUCCUUUUCAAGUGUGGGAAGCCAUGUCGUUAUAAAUACACCUGACAAUGAGGGUCCAUGUCUUUGGAAAUUGUCCCUCUCCCGCAGUGGCCAUCUACUGUUUAAGACAGUCAGUGAAAAAUGCAGAGCCCGUUGUAAAGCAGUUUGUCAACCGCAACUUUUAUGUAGAUGACAGGCUAACGUCACUUCCCUCCGUCGAAGCUGCAGUGAAGCUGCUCAAGAGGACGCAAGAGGUUCUGUCAGACUCAAACUUGAGGCUUCACAAAAUCGCCUCAAAUAAAGGAGAAGUUAUGAAUGCAUUCCCAUCUCAGGACCAUGCCAUCAACUUAAAGGACCUGGACUUCACUUCAGAUAUUCUGCCCAUGCAACGUAGUCUGGGACUUAACUGGGAUCUAAUGUCAGACACAUUUACCUUUCAGUAGCUGAUGAGCAAAAGCCUUUCACCUGCAGAGGUGUCUUGUCAACUGUCAACAGCAUCUAUGAUCCCCUAGGAUUUCUUGCCCCUGUCACCAUACAAGGCAAGCUCAUCCUGCGUGAGCUCAUGCAGAACAAUGGAGAUUGGGAUGCACCUCUUCCUCAAGAAAUGGAAGAGACAUGGUCAACGUGGCGAUGCUCAUUGAAAGAUCUCAGCAAUUUCCAGAUCCCAAGAGUUUACACACAGGCCUCUCCGACAGCGGUGUCAAAAAGAGAGAUAGUCAUCUUUUGUGACGCUUCGACAAAGGCAAUUGCAGCAGUUGCAUACUUAAAACUAACAGAGAAAAAUGGAACCAACCUCAUGGGCUUUCUGAUGGGAAUGUCUAAGCUUACACCCUUGUCAGAACAAACUGUCGCUAGACUUGAGCUUUGUUCUGCACUAUUAGCGGUGGAGCUUGCCGAGCUCAUCACCUCAGAGAUGGACAUGGAGGUUGACAUCACUUUCUACAGCAACAGCAAGGUCGUUCUUGGUUAUAUCAUCAAUGCCAGACCUCUUGUACCAGUGUCCACAGACCCAGAUGACCUCCAAAUACUCUCACCAGCAACACUCCUCACACAAAAGGUCAGUACCUCAACUGCACCCGUAGGCGACUGGGUUAAAGAUCUCCACAAGCAACAGUGGCGUCAAGUCCAGCAUUUGGCUCAAACCUUUUGGGACAGAUGGAAGAAGCAAUACCUAUCCACACUUCAGCCACAAAGGAAGUGGCAUUCACCCCACCCAAACCUCCUGUCUGGAAGUGUAGUGCUCCUCAAAGAUGACCAACUGAAGAGAAACCAUUGGCCUUUAGGACUAAUUACACGAGUCUUCCCAAGCAAAGAUGGCAGAGUUUGCAAAGUGGAGAUAAAGUCUCCAGAAAGGAUGGGACCAAAGUGUUCCUGCGGCCAGUCACAGAGACAAUCCUGCUUAAGGCACCAGAGAAGCCAUAGUAUCCUUUGAGACAGUUUGGUAGUCUUGUUUGUUGAAUUUAUUGAUGAUAUAUGUAAAACCAGUGUCCAGGGUGUACCCCGCCUUCCGCCCGAUUGUAGCUGAGAUAGGCUCCAGCGACCCCCGCGACCCCGAAGGGAAAAAGCGGUAGAAAAUGGAUGGAUGGAUGGAAGUUCACUUUGGAAUUCAACAGUGAGGUGCACUUCCUCCUUUAGACAGCGGGAGGCAGCAUUGCCUAGUUUACAGUAAGGAGUUCCUUUCAGUUUUACUUUAAGCUAGUUCGGUGACGCUUGCAAACGUUUUCAUCUGCUCGAAUCUCAUGCCAAACAAAGUAUUAUCGGUAUGUAUCGUUGAGUAGUAUGUUAAUAUUUGAUUGAGUUGUAUUAUUUGUUGGCUGUGAUGUAAUUUGGGACGUUUUAUGGCCAAAAGUCAGUCAUGCUAAUUUUCGUAAUUCAUACAGUGAAGUGAAGUGAAUGUUAGCAUAGUAAGCUAGUUUGUUGUAGAGCACUUAAAUUACAUAUUUUGUGGCGUUUAUGUAUCCAUUUAAGUUCAAUACAGAGCAUAAUGCAUGUUUUAUUGUAGUAUGCUUGUGUGUGUAAUUGGCUGU